AUGGCCACCAGUCCUCUAAUGGCUCAAGAAAUCAUCCUCUGUUGUCUAUGUGAAGAGAGACCAGCCCUGCUGCACUGUAAUCCCUGCAAAACCAACUUAUGUGAAGAUUGUGUCGGAAAACAUACUGUCACAUCGACAGCAUAUCAUGGAAUAGUUAAGUAUCAAAGCAGAAAGUUUCAUUUUAUUUUUCCGUAUUGCGAAAUUCACAACACAGAGAAAUGCGUUGCCCAUUGCCAUGAUUGUGAUACACCAGUUUGCAUGAAAUGUUUGAGAGGGCCUCAUAAAGGCCACGCUGUUACUGAUCUUACUGACGAUGUUACCACCAAAAAACACCAGGUAGAAGAACAUACAACUGUUCUUGAAAGUAUCAUAAGCCAGUUUGAACUAGCCAACUUGGAUAUUGAAUCCCAAAUAGCAGAUCUGAUUUCUAGAUGCGAUGAAUUGCAAACAUCUGUCACAGAACAAGGCAAAGAAUGCCAUCGAGUUAUUGAUGAUAUUGUGAAGGAAAAAAAGAAAGACAUUGACAAAAUGAGAGAAGGUGCAAUUCAAGAUUUAAGAAAGUUCCAGAAUGAAAACAAAACUACAUUCCUGAACUUAAAAGAAACAGCACAACAGAAUAAAAACAUUCUUCAGUCAGUUAAUGUGAAAGAAAUCGUCCAAUAUCAAUUCAGAUCGUACCUGAGCAUGCCAUUACAUGUAGAGUUACAUCUACCAAAUUUUGUUAUCAAGAAAACUGAUUCAUAUCUAAUAAGCACAUUGUUUGGAGAAGUUACUGGCCCUAAAAUCCUUACAAAACCAAGUAAAAGGACGUAUCCUGGUUUAACAGACGGCAAGAAUUUUCUUGCUGAAACGGUUGAAAUUAAAAGAUUUUGUACCAAAAUCGAAAAGAUUCAUCGUUUAGCUUGUCUUGAUUCAGGGGAGGUCUGGAUUUCCAGAGAGAACGAUGGAAUAAUCGAACUAUUCAACAUACGUGGUUCCCCGGCAAAGGCAAUUGUUUCCAGUUGUAGUAGUUGGAAAGGACAUCCCAGUGAUAUAUCAGUAACACCGGAAGGAGAAUUACUCUAUACAGAUCGGAAGAAUAGUUACGUUAAUGUUGUCCGAAAUGAAAAGUCUGUCAAACUGAUAAAGGUUCCAAAGGAUUGGGAACCUGCUGGAGUUUGUUCCACAAAAUCAGGAAAUCUGCUCGUCAGUUUACUUGCAAUGAAUUCUGAAGUAUAUAAAAUUGUUCGUUUUGAAGACAAGGAGAUAGUUCAGGAAAUACAGAAAGACGACUAUGGAAAUCCUCUAUUUAAAGGCGGUUCCUUGAUGCUCUUUGUUACAGAAAAUAGCAACGGGGAUAUAUGUGCUUCUGAUUGCAAUGCCGAUACCGUCACAGUGGUGAACAAGACAGGAAGACUCCGAUACCGGUAUAAAGGAGAGCAAACAAUGGAGAAAAAAUUUAAACCUUCUACCAUUGUUACGGACGCUGUGGGUAACAUUCUGGUAGAAGAUUUCGGAAACGAAUGUAUCCACAUCAUUGAUCAGGACGGAAAAUUUCUCUGCAGUCUGGAUUACUGUGGAAGACUGAGUAUAGACAAACUAGGACAACUUUGGGUGGGAGAGUAUGACAGUGGGGCUGUAAAAGUCCUAAAAUACAUGGAAUGA